CGAGAAAGAACACGAGACAGCGUUAAACACCACACAGCUACACACACUGUGAUGAAAAUCUGGAAAGGAGGUAUGAUCUAGGUUGUUCCAGAAACCACGGAGCUCUGUUUCUAGGAGUCCGAGACGAUUCGCACUGGACUUGAACGUCAAGAGGGUUAUAAAAUAAUUUCUUGUCAAUCAAUAGGCACAUUUUUGAACAAACAAACAUUCGUAGGACCUGAUAUUCAUUGGUCUAAUUUUGCCUGAGACGUGGUAAACUGUUACCAAGAAAGUAACACUGGUGGAAAUCUCAAAUCUUAACCCAGUUUCUCUACAGAUUGAAUCGACCAUGGCCAAGUGGGGCGAAGGAGACCCUCGGUGGAUUGUCGAAGAGAGACCGGAUGCAACGAAUGUCAACAAUUGGCACUGGACUGAAAAAAAUGCCUGUCAAUGGUCGCAGGAUAAGUUAAAGGAAUUAUUCGUCAACUUAGUUAUUCAAGGAGAUAAUGUGAAAUGCAAGGUGACGGAGUUUGAAAAAUGUGAAGGAGAAGCUGUUGCCAACAAUAGGAAAGGGAAAUUGAUUUUUUUUUAUGAAUGGAAUUUAGUACUUAAAUGGGUACUUGAAGACAGUGGAGAAGAAGCGAUUGCAGGGAAGAUAAAUAUACCAAAUCUGUCUGAAGAAAAUGAUGUCUCAGAAGUCGACAUUGAAAUCACCCUGAAAGAUAGCACAGACAAAGGAGAAGCGGUAAAACAUUUUCUACAUACCAAAGGAAAGGAUACAAUUAGGGAAAAAUUAGUUCAAUAUGUAUCAUCGCUGAAAGAAGGUAAGAAUUUUGAAUACCUUUAUAUUUUUGUUGUGUUGUAUCAAAACGGCGAUCAAAAAUUAAUAUCGGAAAAGCAUUCGUCGUCCUCCUCCUCAUCUUCCUACUACAAGACUUCGAGCAAGUCCUCUACGCAGCACUCGUCCCAUCCGACGUAG